GACAUUUUGAUUUGUUUGGUUUUACUAUUUUAUUUUUUGUGAUUCAUGAUGUAAAUGUUCAUAUAACUUGUGUUGUUGUUGUACAUUGUAGUGAAGACGCAAGUGUGACUAACACAUUUUAUCACCUCAUCUUUAGAGAAAUCAACACAGUCAUGUCAAAAUUCCCCUUCUCAUAUUUAGAAUUCAUGAAAAGAUAUUUUUUUCCUAUAUGAAUAUAAUUUUUUUCUUCACUAGAGUAAAGUUUUCAAGAACAGAACACUCGAAACAAAUAAAAAUAACGAGUAGGUAAAUGAGACACCCACAAAAGAAUGACAAUUUUUUUAGGCAUGUUUUAAACUCCGCCUUGCCCUUGCAGCUUACUCGCCCUCGAUCAUGUCAAGGAAGAAGCGAGAGGUUAGGAACAUCACCCUCGAGAUGAGAACCAACUGCAAGGUGGGAGACCCUCAGCCGUCCGUCCGUGUCGACACCACGGGCAGGGUGGAUAAGCUGAGGCAGCAGAUGGCGAAUUAUAAUUUGCAGGCCUACCUGAUCCCCCCCUCGGACGAACAUCUGAGCGAGUACGUGGCGGACGCAGACAAGAGGCGCCAGUACAUCAGCGGCUUCAGCGGCAGCGCGGGGACGGCCGUCGUCACCCUGGAGCAGCAGGCGCUCUGGACGGACGGCCGCUACUUCCUGCAGGCGGACGACGAGCUCGACUGCAACUGGCUCCUCAUGAAGGGCGGCAUCGACGGGGUCCCGAAGGAGGAAGAGUGGCUGGCGAAGACGCUGCACCCGGGAGCGCGAGUCGGAGCUGAUCCUCGACUCCAAGGCUCGGAAUCCUGGGAAAAACUCGCUGAAAAACUCGCGAAAUCGAAUAUUGAGUUGGUCUCCAUCGCGACGAAUCUGGUCGACCUCAUCUGGCCCUCCGACGUCCGACCACAGCACUCGAAGGACCCGAUCUUCAUCCACGAAAUACAAUUUGCUGGCAAAAAAUGGGAAGACAAAGUGGCCGAAGUUCGAGCCGAGAUGGAGAGCGACGGAGCCGACAUGUUGGUGCUGACUUCCCUCGACGAGGUGGCUUGGCUCCUCAACCUGCGAGGGAAUGACAUCCCCUACAACCCAGUGUUCCGCUCGUACGUGAUAAUCGGGAGGUCCAACGUGGAGCUGUUCAUCCCCGCGGGCAAGAUCACGCCGGCCGUCGACAUGCACCUCAACGUGAACCAGUGUGGCGAGCAAGAGUGUGUCCUCAUCAGUGAAUACACUGCGAUUCUCGACCGGCUGCGGGCGCUGGAGCUGAACGCUGACAUCAAAAAGGUCAUGAUGGGCAAGAAGUACUCCUACUCCGGGGGCGUCUCCUACGCCAUCUACUCCGCGGUCCCCGAGCGCAAGCGCCACGUGCGCGUGUCGCCCGUCCUCAGCAUGAAGGCGCGCAAAAGCCCCGAGGAGGCGCAGGGCAUGAAGAACGCGCACGUCAGGGACGCCGUGGCGGUGUGCGAGUUCCUGGCCUUCCUGGAGAGGGAGAUCGCGGCCGGCAAUGUCUGGGACGAGAUCGAGGCCGCGACCAAGCUGGAGGAGCUGCGCCGCGAGCAGGACCACUUCAUGGGGCUGUCGUUCCCGACCAUGAGCGCCUUCGGGCCCAACGGCGCCAUCAUCCACUACCAGCCUCAUCCGAAGACCAAGAGGGACAUCACCGCAGAUUCCCUCUACGUCGUAGACAGUGGCGGGCAGUAUAAGGACGGCACCACCGACGUGACGAGGACGACCCACUACGGCACGCCCACACCGUUCCAGAUCGAGGCGUACACCAGGGUGCUCAUGGGCAACAUCGACCUCGCCCUCCUGACCUUCCCCGAGGGCACCGGGGACUCGGACGUCGACAUCGUCGCCAGGAAGGCGCUGUACGACGUGGGGCUCGACUACCGCCACGGGACCAGCCACGGCAUCGGCCACUUCCUCAACGUCCACGAAGCCCCAAUUCAGGUGAGGAUCUACGGCACAGAAGAGCACAAGUUCGAGGUGGGCCACUUCUUAUCCGACGAACCCGGCUAUUACCAAGACAAUGAAUGGGGCAUUCGUCUGGAGAACAUUAUGAACGUCGUCACCAAGGAAACCAAGUACAAGUUCGGUGGGCAGUGGCUAGGGUUUGAGGCCAUCUCGUUGGUGCCUUUCGAAUCCAAACUCAUCAAUUCUUCCAUGCUGAGUAACGUGCAGUGUCACUGGCUGAACUCCUACCACGCCCGCGUGCUCGAAAUCGUCGGGGCGGAACUUCGAAAGCAAGGGCGCGUGGAGGCCUAUGACUGGCUGGUGCUGAAGACCGAUCCGCUCGUCUGCGCCAGCGUGGACGAGAGGACGACAUCCACCACAAGGUCAACUUCGACCUCCACAGCGUACACCUCCACUUCCACCUCCACCUUGGGGACUACCACCAGGCAACAUGCUUCCACAAGAACCAUAGAAUACACCACCUCAGCCAUUGCCACGUUCACCGAGGCGGCGGUGAUCGGGAACGGCGCCCAGCCCUUCGCGCCGUCGCUGUGGCUGUCGGCCGUGGCUUUGGUCGUGUGUGCAAGGUGCUGGCUGUUGUGCUAAAUGGCGAUGGGCGAUGGCGUCGGAAUUCAAAGUAAAUAAGUAAAGAAACAUUUCGAGAGCAGUGGUGUCAUCUAAGUAAAACAUGAGUCACUCUCAUGUCAUUUCUCAUUGAUGUGAUUAAAUUUUAGGGGUAUAUAAUAAGCAGAAGAUGCAGGAUAUUUCAAGUACAACUGCUGUAUAUAGUGACAUGAGAUUCUAUAAGACAGAAGUGAUACUAAUUCUAAUACAUGCUGGCAAAAAAAGUUCGUAAGAGACAGUACUGUAAUAUAUUAUUAUUAUUACGUGCUCUGUAACGAAAAUUUUGGGUUAAAUGCCAGUGGUUUUAUGUGCUGAAAUCAGCUUUUAUGUACACACCAUUGUAAUAAGGUGCAUUUUAUUGUAAACUGAGUGAAUGUUGUCUGAAGUUUAUAUACUUAUGGUUGACUGUAUUUAGUUUUAUAUUCCUGAGCAGACCGUAAUAGCAUUUACUGGACUUUACACCAAUAUGCUUGUUAUAAAGCAAUGUGAAGGACUCCGCUGUAUUCUACACAAUCAUGCAAUGUGUCGCAUUGUAGAGCAGUUAUUCUGCAUGAUGUUUCGACUGUGUUUACUUUUACUGAUUAAAAGAUCCUUUGGAUAUCUAUAAAAUGAAUUUAGAAAUUCACAUUACGUUUAUCAGAUCAAUGCUAAAGUAGAACAGAUCAAAAUAUUUUUUCCCAAAAAGCUGAAUUUUGUGAAUCUUUUGUGCAUGGAGUCAUUGCAUUUAUUUCAUAGCAAAUAUUGAACCGAAAGUAUUAUCUCUAGUUUCGAUACAGUCGGCUCUUUUGUUCGUGAAAUGCUUAUUUUAGGAAUAUUCAGAUUGCAUUUAAAUAUCAGUAUUACAUUCUAAUUCUAUUGACUGUGAAAAAUGAUUGUUCAGUAGCUUAAAAAAGCCUUAAUAUAAAUCAGACAUUCCAAUAUAUGCUAUGAACCUUACCCUCCACAAAAAAUGACAACAAAAAUCAACAAAGAAACUAGAAAUAAGAACCAAAACCCCAGAGGUUGUCCAAGCACCCGUCUUCCUCUCUUCCCGAUCCGUUUGCCUCUGUAAUACACUUCCCUCCCUUUGUUCUUUUCUCAAAAGUUUACUCAUCCGGAAAGCACGUAAUUUACAUGGUUGAUUAAGUUUCCCCCUUUGUAAGGUAAGACAGUUGAGUUUAUAAUUUCACAUCGAGCUGGAUUUGAAUCUUUAUGAAGUUUGCCAAAGAUAAAUAAUUGGUGCGUUAACAGGAUGGUGCAAUUGCAUUGUAGAGUGGCUUAAGCAUUGUAAAUUUUUAUAUAUAAAGUUCUUUGUUGUAA